CGAGCCCGUUUCAUCCUAGCAUGCAGCCGCAGUCGUUGCAGAACGGUGUCGGCAUGGACGUCCUCGAGGGCCUGAUAGCGAUGCAGGACGGCCACACGGGCCAGUCGAGCAGCAUGUCGAGCCCAACGCAGCAGCAGCCGACACCGCAGAUGCUCAUGGAACACCAGAUGCGCCUGAACCAGCUCCAGCAGCUGUACCAACUACAAACCCAGAUCUUCCAACAGCAGAUCGAGCUCUUGAGUGGGCAGACACCCUUCAUGCCGCUGGUGAUGGACAGGACGAGAGAGCAGCAGCAGUACCUUCCUACUCCAGCCGCUUCAACAGAGAUCCCCCCGCAACCAAGCCCUGGUUUCGUGCCUCCUAUGCUGCUGCAAAACUCGGAGCCGAACGUGAACUCUUCGCAGAACGCACACCAAAACAGCGACCAGCAGUACAUGCAACACCACAUGAUUCCUUCUGCGCCGCACUCUGCUCCCGCCAACCUCGUCUUCCAAAACAUCCACAGCAGCCCGUAUCCCAUACCACCGGCUGACAUGGACUUUGACGAGAUGUCGCCCUUGACCAGUCCGUGGCUGGGCGCAUACAACACCGGACAAGCGUCAGAUAUGCCAGAGUCGUCCCGAGGAAUGCAACAGCAACAGCAACACCCUUCUUCGUCUGGCACAACCGCACAGAAGCGGCGCACGGCGUCUCCCACCAGCGACGAUCGCGGCGCGCCAGGCCGCCCUUCUCGGAAGCGCCAGACACCCGCCAGCCGCCUUACGAUCCCGCCGAACACAGUCGCGCCGUCGAUCCCGUCCAUGAACCGCACGCGCAGGGGCAGCCUCCGCGGCGGGACCAAAUCGGCGAGUUCGACGCCGCUCUUCCCGCCGCUCGGCCCUGCCGCCGCCGCCGGGGCCAUGACGCCGCCGUCGAACCGUUUGAUUCGCAGCGGCCCGAGCCGCGGGGCGGCGACGACGCCGAUCGAGGCCCCCGGGGACACGCCCUCGCCCGUCGACCUGUCGAUGCCCCCGCCCGCGACGCCGCUGCCGCAAGCGCCGCUGCACUUUGUGCCGCAGGGCAACGUCGGCUCCGCGGAGCACACGCCUGCGCCGACGCCGACGCCCGUGCCGCCGCCACACGCGCAGGGGCAGGGGCAGAUGCAGAUACACGGCCUGAUCACGCCCGUCACGCCCGCGAGCAUCAUGAAUCUCGGCAGGCUGGGCACGGACAGCUCGCUCACGCCGCCGAUCGCCGUGGACGCGAACGCACCACAAGCGGCGAACAAGACGAAGACGAGGGGUUCAGCGCGGCCCCGGUCUGCGACCGCUGGAAACACCUCCAAAGCGGCGCUGGUCAGCCCCGCGCUGAAGCCCAUACGUCCAGCAGGCGGCGGUAGCGGUCGCGGAGACGGCGGUUCGUCAAGCGCGGCGUCCACGUCGUCGCCUCCGGGCGGCGGCGACGGCGGCGACGGGGGGCAGCCGCCGUUGCAGGUGCGCAAGACGUCGCACAAGGCGGCGGAGCAGAAGCGGCGGGACUCGCUCAAGACGUCGUUCGACGACCUGCGGCUGCUGCUGCCGCCGAUCCCGCUGCCGUCGGACGAGGGGUACGCGGACGAGCCGGUGCUGCCGGGCGCGAUGCCGCCGCGCGGCCCGCCGAAAGGCAGCGCGGACGGCCCGAACCGCGGCGUCAGCAAGCUGCAGCUCCUUCGCUGCGGCAACGAUUACAUCCGCCGCCUCGCCGGCCGCGUCGAGCGCCGCGACGACGAGAUCGCGUGCCUCCGCGGCGAGGUACGGCGGCUCAGGCUUGUCACGGGCGGUGAGGCGGUGUCGGAGGAGGGCUUGGAGCCUGUCGACCUGGAGCGAGACCUGGACGCAAUCGAGGCGACGCUCGUGCCGCUGGGGCGUUCGGCAGCGUUCGCGGAGGACGACGAGGACGGCGGCGACUGAUGCGUGCCCGUUUUAGGACACGCUGUCUCUUUCCUGGCUUUGCGCUAUGCGUCUCUGGGCCCGUUUGCGGGCUGUGGCAGUCGCCAUUUUCGUUGGGACUGGCAUUUAGACUUGUUUUGUCUAGCUGAAAAGUAAUGGAAC